AUGUGCUCUGGCGGUGUCCAUCACAUGGCGGACGAAAGCUCAGCAAAUAUCCAUCGGGGUCGCAGGGCGGUGUGCCGAGGACUUAUUCGCACAAAUCUACAGUCACAGCUUCGAGGCAAUCCCCCUACAGCUUCCGGUAAGGCUAACUUACGGAUUCGUUUCGCUUGCCUCUUUAAAUGA